UAAUGCUCUUAUGGCUUAUGGAAGCAAGUCCCCGCAGAAAUGUUCCAACAUCUAGUGGAAAGCCUUCCCAGAAGAGUGGAGGCUUUUCUAGCAUCAAAGGCGGGACCAACUCUAUUUUAAUGCCCAUGAGAUGUUCAACGAGCAGGUGUCCACAUACUUGUGGGCAUGUAAUGUAUUUAAUCAUGGCUGCAGCUGAAUGAAUGUACGAGUGUUCAGAAACAUCUAACGAAAUUAAUUAGGCUACAAUAUGUUGAAAUAUUAAGAGGUAAAGAAAAUAACGUUAUCCGUGCACUGUUAUCCAUUAUGACGUUUGCAGAUAUUUUUCGAAUCAGCAAUAUUAGGACACCAGGAAAUAAAAUAUCACAUUACGAGAUUCGCUUAUGCAAACAGUCUGUUCUUUGCCCGCGUGGUCAGACAUAGGUCUGUCCCCACCGCGAGAGCAAAAAGAUGGCUAAUACUGUGGAUGAGGACGAGCAACAACCAUUCCCUGCUGAAUGUAAGAUCAUCAGAGUUACUGUGAAAACACCAAAGGAAAAAGAGGAAAUCGCCAUUCCAGAGAACAGCUCCAUCAAACAGUUUAAGGAGCAGAUAGCCCAGCGGUUCCAGGCACAAAUGGAGCAGCUGGUACUCAUCUUCGCUGGGAAGAUCCUCAAAGAUGCAGAUCUGCUGAGUCAUCAAGGCAUCUACAACGGACUGACCGUCCACCUGGUCAUCAAGACCCAGAGCAGGCCUCCGGAGUUGUGUACCUCUCCUUCCAACAGCACUGCCUCAGAACAGGCCCAACCAGAAGGCCCUACCUCUGUCCCUGGACCCCCUCCUGUAGAACCUACCUCUGUCCCUCGACCCUCUCCUGCUUCUUCAGCCACCCCUACCUUCAGCCUUGGUGUAGGCAGUCCAGGGACAGCUGCUGCGGGGCCUGGUCUCGCUGAGCUGCAGAGGCAGCUGAUGUCCAACCCUGAGCUGCUGGCCCAGAUUAUGGACAGUCCCUUGGUCCAGGGCAUGCUGUCCAACCCAGACAUGAUGAGACAGCUCAUCAUGGCCAACCCCCAGAUGCAGCUGCUGCUGCAGCACAACCCCAACAUCGCCCACCUGUUCAACAACCCUGACGUCAUGAGACAGACCCUGGAGAUAGCACGGAACCCGACCAUGAUGCAGGAGAUGUUGCGCAACCAGGACAGGGCACUAAGCAACAAUGCCCUCCGCAGGAUGUCCACUGAUGCUCAGGGACCCAUGCUGAAUGCUGCUGCUCAGGAACCGAUUGCAGGAAACCCUUUUGCUUCCUCGACGACCUUGUCACCAGGGGAAAUCCAGUCCCCCCGGGUGGAAAAUGGAGACCCCCUCGCCAACCCCUGGGUUCCCCCUGCUUCCACAGACACCCCUAUAGGCACCGCCACACCCACCACUACCCCCACCCUGUCCAGCAAUGGCCCUCAGACCAGCCUGCACAACCUAGGUCCCGCCAUGGGAGGUAGAACAUCUAACAGUGGGACAAACACACAUUUAUCCUCUCACACAGCAGCUAUGUUCAAUAGUCCGGCAAUGCAGAGUCUUCUGCAGCAGAUCACGGAGAACCCCACACUGAUGCACAACAUGCUGUCAGCCCCCUACAUGAGGAGCCUACUCAACAGCCUGAGCCAGAACCCUGACCUAGCAGCACAGAUGAUGCUGAACAACCCACUGUUUUCUGGGAACCCUCAACUGCAGCAGCAAAUGAGACAACAACUCCCAAUGUUCCUCCAACAGAUGCAGAACCCUGAGAUGCUGUCGGCCAUGUCCAACCCCAGGGCCAUGCAGGCACUGCUGCAGAUCCAACAGGGACUGCAGACCCUUGCCACUGAGGCACCUGGAUUCAUACCAGGGGUUGGACUGGGAGGCGCCGGCUCAGAUCUUAACCCUGCCCCUGGAUUGUCAUCAGACCCCGCCCCUAGUGACCUCAGCAGUGGGUCCCAGGUAGUCACGGAAACGGGUCAGCGGCAACAACAACAGUUUGUGCGUCAGAUGCUAGACGCUCUCGCUAGCACCAAUCAGCAGGCUCAGACUGAAGAGCUGCUGUUCCAGGAGCAGGUGGAGCAGCUGACGACCAUGGGUUUCCUCAACCCAGAGGCCAACCUGCAGGCCCUCAUCGCUACCGGGGGAGACGUCAACGCCGCUGUAGAACGACUGCUGGACUCGCCAUCCUUGUAAUACACACACACUUCACAUGAGCACAUACAAUUAACAAAUUCAUGUGCGCACACUCACUUGUACAAUCAUGCAGUUGUACGAUCAGAUGCUUGCACAUUCUUCACUCACAGAGAACUAGUGAAACAUGCGCUCCUGAAUGCCAUUUAUAUUGUAUAUGUAAGCUGCUGAACUGUGAAGUGCAGGCCUGUCUGUGCUGUAUGUUCUGAAUGGCCUUAGUUGGUUCAGGCUCUAAUCUGGAUCAUGCUGGCUUCUGCCACAUUCCUUUAUGCAGAGUCCCAUCCUACCUAAGAGUCCCAUCCUACCUAAGAGUCCCAUCCAAGACUCUUAAGAGUGAAUAUGCUGCUAGUCUCGCAUCAAGAUGUAUUUCCCUGCUACUACCAAGGCCUUAAACUCAAAUCAGGAAAAUAACCCAAGGGUUCCCUACUGGUGACCCUUGAGAGCAUGUGUAUAGCAGUCUUAGUUGUGUAUAUAUGUGUAAUGUGAACAGACUGCAUUCAUAAUGCACUAAAUGCUAUGUGUUCUUUUUGCCAGUUCAUUGUGGUAUAGACUAGGGGAGGCCAGUUUUGCCACUUCAUUGUGGUAUAGACUAGGGGAGGCCAGUUUUGCCACUUCAUUGUGGUAUAGACUAGGGGAGGCCAGAGGGAGGUGCUCAUUUUGGAAGUGGGCUGCUCAAUUGACUGUUACAUGGAGCCGGCCUUUGCUGACAAGUUUCUUCAAUAGCAGCCCCUCGUAUCACGCUUGCACAGCCUUGGAUAUGAGUGCAAGCUUGUAGCACUGAUAUUGAUGUAGCAGUGAUGUCCAAUCAAGAAUAAGUGUGCCUGUGGCUUUAGAUUUAUUCCCAUUUGAUAAUACAAUGACUCACUAUGUAGCUCUAUUUACCUCUAUGUAGCUCUGUGCAUUUUAUUAACUCUUACAAAAUGUACUUUUGACUUGAGUGUUAUUUCAUGGUUAUUAUAGGUUAUGUUGUUUUAUUGUCUAAUGUUCAAACCCUCAUAGUAUGUUCUUUAUGCUCCUACGGUUAGGCUUAUAUAUGGAGGAUGAAGUGUUUUUCUUUCUAAACCCCAUGUUUAAUAUUUUUCAUGUCUUUAAAUGUAUUAAUUGUACUGCACAACUGAAACUGGCUAGUGUAACAAAAACCAUGUGCUCUGUCCACCACUGGAGGGCACUGUUGACUCCUGCCUCCUUGAGAGAAAAUAUUCAAUUCAGGAGCCAUUGAAGUACUGUACAUGCAAAAAAACGGGAGCAGGAAUGGAAUCUUAAUAAUAUACCUGAAUGGAUAGAGUAGAAUCUUUUAGAGUGCUCAGCAAAGCAAUUACUGAAGUCACUUUCUUAGCACAUUGCCAGUAUGGUGAUGAUACCAACUGCCUUGGAAAAUUGUAGCCUUAAUCUUUUUGAUUUCAGCAUUUAAUUUGUAUUCAUUCUCCUGUGUGCUGGUUAAUAAAGUGAAAUGGAAAAAAACAA